UACAAGUGCCACCUGUACAAGAAAGUCGUGCAAAACAAAUUUACAAUGACAAAAGGAGAGGAACAAUUGAAGAUAUUUCUUCAAGAUAUCGCAAUAAAAGAAAAUUAUCUACUAAGUAAAAUCGAUAUUAGGCCAAUAUCGUCUGGAGGAGCCAACUACACAGCAGAUUUAUACUCGGCCACAAUUACAGAACCUCUAAAACCGGAUAUAAAUAUUUUUGCCAAAGCUGCUACUUUGAACGAGGACGCAAGAAAAAACAAUGACACCUUAUCUAGGGUAUACGAAAAAGAAGCACUUUUCUACUCUGAAUUGGCCGUACACUUCGAAAGACUUUACAAUAAAUGCCAAGUCCCUGUAGAAGAUAGGUUGUAUAUACCCAAAUACUACGGGCACUUAUUAGUCCCUUACGAGGAACUUCUGGUUGUAGAGAAUCUUGAUGCUAAAGGAUUUAAAAUCUUUGAUAGAAUGAAGACAAUUAACUGGGAGUAUGCAUCGACAGCUGUUACUGAGUUGGCUAAGUUCCAUGCCCUUGGACUAGCAUUGCGCGAUGAAAACCCUCAUGAAUUCACAAGAGUAAUCAGCCGAUUGAAAUUUGAUGCAUCCAACCAUGAACAGAUGCACUCAUUUAUAAAAAUGGCGCUUGAGAAUGGAUCUCAAGGCUUAAAUGAUGAUUAUAAGGAACGUCUCCAUAAGUAUUUCUCUUCGACAGAGAAUUUGGUGAAGCUUAUGAUAAUGGAAGGUGAACACUUUUUGAUUCAUGGGGACUUUAAGACAAGCAAUCUGAUGUACAGGCGUCGCAACGGAAAGCUGGAGAUAGUUCCUCUAGACUACCAAACCUUAAGGGGUGGAAACCCAGUAGUCGACCUCAUGUAUUUUGUCUUCUCCGGGUCUGAUGAGGAGUUCCGCCGACUCUACUACCAGCAGCUCAUGGACCACUACUUCUCGCAGCUGACCUUGGCGCUGCAGCAGCUUCAUGUGGACGUGGAGAAGGUGUAUCCUAGGGUGACUUUUGAUGCAGACCUGAUUAAGAUGAGACCUCUAGGUCUAUUCCUAGGUCUAAUAAUGGUCAGGGUGGUGACUGUGGCCCCAGAAGAAGCACCCAAGAUGGAUGGCGACAUUAACAUAAUGCAGGUGAAACCUAACCAGAUGGCUGUGGAACGCAUAAGUGGAAUCGUGAGAGACUUUAUUCGAUGGGGAGUUUUAUAAAAAGUUCUUAAUAAAUAUG